CAGUCGAACGUUGACGUUGGAUGGAGUAACAGCGGCGCCGUCGUCGACGUCCAUUUUUCGCGUGCGUAAGUUUCUCUUCUUGCAGCAGGUAUUAUUGACCGACGCGUCGCGACGCCCGAUCUUGUGAUUGUUUUAUUUUUUUUUGUUAAUAAAUAAUUGUGGCUGUGAUUUAUCAUCGUAACCGGAGAACCACCUUUUGCAGGAUUACACGACCGCCUUACGUCUAAGCCCUAAAAUGGAAGUGGGCUUACAAAACGGUUACGUGGCGAACGGGGGUGGUCCACCCCCGGCAGGGAUUUUGACCGUCGGCGACGUACAAAGGACCAACAACAGAUCUCCGGCCAAGACGGGACUCCACGUGAACUUCAAGGAGAAGGGGGAGAUCAAGGAAAAAAGGGAGAAGUUCCUCACCGCCAAGUACGGACAUCAUCAGAUGAGCCUCAUCAGGAAACGGCUCGCCGUCGAGAUGUGGCUUUACGAGGAACUGAAGAAACUUUACGAGUCCACGAACAAUAGAAUAGAAGAUAGCGUGAGCAACGAGGAAGUCGAGGUUGACAUCGACGAACUCUUGGAUAUGGACAACGAUGACCAAAGGCGGAGGCACUUACAGAACCUCCUGAUCAACGCCAAAGGGUCGCAGAACGACGUGAAGACCUUCAUCAAUGACCUCCUGGAAAGGGCGAAGACUCUCUAAGUGUAAGCAACGCGUGCCAAAUACGGUCCCGGUAGUAAUAAUUAAUAAGACUUUUCAGUUACAAAUCGCGGUCUUAUAAUAAGAUUGUAAUCAUUAACUUGAGUUAGGCAAUUUAGAAACGUGGUGUGACGUCACGCUCAACUGUCACUCCGAGUGGGUUAGGUUAAAAUGUCCUUGACAGGUGUAAUUAUUAUCUUGUCAACAGGUGGCGUCGUGCACGUUUCUUCUUUUGUCUAAGGGCAGUUGUUUGCACCGAAGUAAUUCAGUGAAAAUGGCUGUAAAUUGUAAUAAGCUUAAGGUUCGAACGUUGUAUAAACACCACGAAAGUUUUGCACAAGUCCGUUUACUAUUUAUAGUGAAUUUAUGUUAUGUUAGUUUUAAUGAAAACCAAAAAAAUUAUUCCAUCCCCAAGAACUUCUUCGGUCAUAAGCUACCCCCAAAUUAUCGUAAUCGGUAAAUUAACGUAGAAGCAUGUUAUGCGAAGCCUUAAUUUCAAAUAAGGAAUAUUUGCCAAGCUCUCAUAUCAUAAUAAUGAUUUUUUGUUGUUAAGUUUGUUACGCAUCUGAAUUAACCAUAUCAAGCGAGCGUUUUGUUUUAUAGUAGGAUCUCAUCAUCCCAUUUUUAACAUUAACAUUUGUGUCUAUGUCAAAUUUAGUAUAGAACUUUUAAUAAAAUAGAUAAAUAUUGUAUAAA